AUGCUUAGGACUGAUUAGAUAAUAAAUUAUUCUGCUCUCUAUAUUGAUAUGUAAUAUAGAAAUCUCUUCAAUACAUAAUGGUCAUACAUAAAACCAUUUGAUUAAGAUAAGUAUAUUCAAUAGUAAAGAUUAAUUGAAAUAUCUUAGAUAGAAGAAAUAUGACUUGGAAGAUUAAAAAAAUAAAAAAUACUUGUGACUCUAUGUGU